GUGAUUUUUGGGUGACCGGAGAACGACACGGCGCGGCGAAUAGAAACCAGAACGGCGAACCCUAAUCUGCCAGGUGAGGAGAAGAAGGAAUCUAAUCACUGCUCAAUGUUCUAUCUCAGUAAAAUUGAACACAAAUUGCCCCUGCCUCCUCCUCGUCUUGUUCUUCCCAUUCGAGAAGCCAUUCACAUGGAGCUUGAAAAACUUUUCUUAGAUAAGGUUAUAGCAAACUUGGGCCUUUGCAUUUCUGUAUAUGAUAUCAUAUCCAUUGACGGUGGAUUUAUCUUCCCAGGUGAUGGGGCUCCGACCUAUACGGUUGUAUUCAAUUUAAUUAUGUUUCGUCCAUUUGUGGGGGAAAUUAUUACUGCGAGGCUUAUUUCAUCUGAUUCUAAUGGCUUACAAUUAAGUCUUGGAUUCUUUGAUGAUAUUUAUGUCCCUGCACAUCAUAUGCCCUACCCAAACCACUUUGUUGAGGAUGAACAAGGAAAAAGGGUAUCCUCUAGCGAAGAGUCAACAACUAAUUCUUUGAGGAAAGGCAUAUGGUUUUGGGAUUUUAACGAACAAGAAUAUCCUAUUCAAGAAACUGACGUGAUCAAAUUUCGUGUUCAAAAUGUGAGUUAUCCACAAAUUCCGGUCGAGCAACCAAAAGAAUCAAAGCCAUUUGCACCUAUGUUGAUUACUGGUUCGUUAGAUCAUGAUGGUUUAGGCCCUGUUUCUUGGUGGUGUGCAGAAGAGAUUGAGGCUGAUGAUGAGUAAAGGUGAGUUCAAAAGGUGGUGAAAUUUUGGUCAAGUGAAGAUGUCACUCCUAGGUCUUUUGUUUAGCCUAUAAGAUUAGGUUUAGAAGUUGGUUGGUUUGGUCUGAUAGAUGUAGGUUGCUCAUGUCCUGAAGAUUGGGUCUUGUUCAAUUACUUUGUUUUGUAAACUGUUUAAUUUAGUUCAAUAGAAUCAGUGUUUGUCUUUGAAUU